UCUCCCUCUGUCCGUCCCAUCAUCCUUCUUUCCUACCAAUUCCCUCUCCUCUUCUACUCCCCUUUUCUGUCUUUCUCCCAGAAUUCCACAUCCUCUCGGACGUCUGAACGUGACACCCUUCCGCUUCGCUUUCUCACCAUCUCCAGAUCGAAACCCCUCUACACCACGUCCGCAUCGCCUCACACCGACGCACCCGGACUCACUCACGCGUCGGUACGAUCGCCGCAACUCGGCCACCUCGCUCCUUUAACCACCUACCUAUCUAUUAGCGAAGGCUUCAAAAUACUGGACGAUACAGCGCCACUGGACAGCGGUUCUAGACCAGGCCUAAAACGAGAGCUUCCAAGUUCCGGCUCUCAGUUCCUUCUGGUCUGCCACGGCGUUCGAACUGACUACACAUCCACACUCGGCGUUAACAAAGUCAACGCAAGCCACCGCAUUUGCCGAGCGAAUGACAGAAGCCUUCAGGCCGCCGCUACGCUAGCUGUCUUGCGCUACUAGCUCUGCUUGCAAAUCCCCCAAUUACAUUCGUGACGGGUCGACUUGUUCUAGCUCCUUCACUUCUCUCGUAAUUCCUCGAAAUCCCCAUCCUUCUCCCUCUCCGCCUCCAACAUUUCCGAUCUGUGCUCGUGCCCGACGCUCUCUCGCCGUUCUCACCGCUCCGACGACGACAGCGCGACGACGCGACGACGCUUGUCCCACACCUACCGGCGCCCCUCACCGUAGCAGGACAUCACACCCCCCACCGGACCCGAUCCCGACUCGAUCCGCAGGAGCGUGAUCCUCGGUGAAGGCUGACGACCAGUUCGUCCAACAUGGAUCACAUGGGCUUCCAGAUGCCUCACAUGGGGGGACCGCCCCCCAUGAUGAACCAGCCGCCGCAGAUCUUUGGGUCCUAUACCCCCGACGGCUUGCCCGUCCAGCACAUGCCCCCCGAUCUCGCCGCCCACAUGUUUGGUGACCCUUCGACCCUGCUUGACGAUGCGAACGAGGCAAAGAGAAGAAGAAUUGCGCGGGCUUGUGAUAUGUGUAGGAAGAAGAAGAUCAAGUGCGACGGCAAGAUGCCCGCCUGCAGCCACUGCAUAAACUACAAGACGGAUUGCGUUUUCACCCAGGUUGAGAAGAAGCGCAAUCCACCAAAGGGAGCCAAAUACAUCGAAGGCCUCGAGAAUCGUUUGGGUCGCAUGGAGAACCUGCUGAGGCUUUCCGGUCUCCUCGGUGAAGACGACGAUGGCGACACGGAUCUUGGCACCCUCGAGAAGCGCCUGGCCGAGAAACAACACCAGUCGAGACAGGCCUCUCAAGUUGCGUCUAACCCGACCUCGCCAUCGCAGGCUACAUCGGGACAGAACGAGAACAUGUCCACGCCGCACAGUGCCAUCACGUCGCCCGAGCCGACCAAGGAUUCCCACAGGGAGCACAAGGACGGCGACAGGCAUCGGGCCUCGGUGUCCGAGGAAAAGGACAACGAGGAGGAGGUCGAGGCACUAUCCGAGCUAAUGUGCUCUCUGGUCACGAACCAAAGCGGCGAGACCCGCUACAUCGGCUCUUCCUCCGGGUUUUCCAUCUUUUCACCCAAGGGCAUUCAGUGGGUGAACGAAAAGACGGGCGACAACUCGUUUCAGCAGAUGAUUUCCGAGGUGUCGCUUGACGACCACAAGUGGACCGCCUGGAAGCCCGAGGUUUUCAGCGAUCUCUUCCGCCGUCCCAUCUUCCGACCCUUGCCUCCCAAGGCUGAGGCAUUGUCUUUGCUGAAGGACUUCUUCGAGAACUUCAAUUGCAUGUUCCCCUUGUUCCACCAGCCGACCUUUAUGCAUCUGGUCGAACGGCAGUAUUCCGACGACCCCUACGAGGGUACCGGCUGGUGGGCCAGUUUGAACUGUGCCUUGGCUUUCGCCCACCGCCUGCGCGUCAUGAGCAACCUCGUGCCACAGGAGGAGGACGAUAAAGCCUGGGGAUAUAUCAAGAAUGCUUUGGGAACGUUUGCCGAGUUGACGAUGCGCAACACGGACUUGCUGAGUGUCCAGGCCUUGCUCGGGAUGGCCCUCUUUAUGCAGGGGACCCCGAACCCGCAGCCCACGUUCCUUCUCGUCUCGACGGCCAUUCGCCUGUCUCACACGAUUGGCCUGCACAAGCGGGGAACGGGCUUCAACCUCAACCCCAUCGAGAUUGAACAGCGGAAGCGAGUUUUUUGGAUCGCGUACAUGCUGGACAAGGACAUGUGUCUUCGGGCGGGCAGGCCGCCGGCGCAAGACGACAACGACAUGAACGUGGAACUACCCGACGCCGAUCCAGAAGACAACAUCGGAAACAUUCCGUUGGCCGACGGCAAGGGCAAGAUGAACCUGUUCAGGGUCAUGUGUGAGUUUGCGACCAUCGAAAGCAAGGUAUACUCACGGCUCUACUCGACCAAGGCCACCAAGCAGUCGAGCGGAGAGCUGCUAAACACCAUCGGAGAGCUGGACAAAGAGCUCGAGGACUGGAAGGACAGUAUCCCAAUCGACUUCAGACCCGAGCACGAGAUCAAGGCGUCGCACACGCCCCUGAUUUUGCACGUCGUCAUGCUUCAUCUGACCUACUACAACUGCCUGACGACAAUCCACCGCAUGUCGGUACACCACGGCUACUGGACAAGUCGACUGUCCAAUUAUGCCAUCCAGGGGCUCAACGCCAAACCCUUGAAUCCGCGUGUCUUCGCCUCUGCGGCUCUUUGUACCGCCGCUGCCAGGGCUUCGAUCUCGCUUCUGAAGUACAUGCCGCAAGGGGACUCUCCGAGUGUUUGGCUGAUUAUAUACUUCCCGGUAUCGGCAUUGAUGACGCUUUUUGGAAACAUUUUACAAAAUCCCAUGGAUCCGAGGGCCAAAUCAGACACGAGGUUGAUGAACUUGGUCGUCAAUUUCCUGUCCAUGUUGGGGCAAGAGGCCGAGACUGGCGGUGUACACCGCAUGCUCGGUGUCUGCUCCGAGUUUGAGAGGAUAGCAAAGCUCGUCAUCGAGAAGGCGGAAAAGGAGCAGUCCUCACGCAGGAAACGAAAGAGCGACGCCGCUCCAAAGUCGACGUCGAGCCCAGCCGCAUCCAGCCACACGCCUCGACCGAUGUCCGUGACGACGCCGACCCCUCAUAGCAUGCACGCGACGGCGACACCUUCCACCACGAAUGGCCAGCUGUCGCCCGACUUUAACGGCGAGGCCAACCGCCGGAGGCAUGCCUUCAGCCCCAUGCAGACGACUUCGAUGCGAGAGCCAUCGCCGGCUCUGCCAUCCGCUGGCUGGCCGCAAGAGUUCAACAUCCCGGACCAGACGAACUUUGGCAACUUUGCAGAGAUGACAGGGUUCGGCGGCCCCCAGAACCCGCGGUCGCCAGCGGUAAAUCUAGGUGCCCCUUUCCAGCAACCCCUCUUGCCUCAAGACUUGUUCUCACUCCCCAUGACGCUGGACUGGGAUUGGGCUGAGAUGAGCGGCGGCGCCUACCCGACUGUGGAGAACGGCAACGUGGGUUGAGACACAACGGUAUUGGCGAGUGCGACGCGGCGAGGUGAAAUAUUAGGGCAAUGUGUUACGACGGAUGUGGUGGGCAGGAUCCAAAGGCUGCAUAAUGUGCAAUGAGACGAAAUCACGAACCUUGAACGCAUGUAUGAGUAAUCGACCUGCUUGAGGCGGGAAGUUGCGUUACGGCCUUGGGGCCUGAGAGAAAUCGGCGCGCGAUGCUAUGCAUUGCCAUAGAGUGUUGGAAUAGGUGUAGAACCGACCAAAAAAUAAAGACGGGAUGGGAUGACUGGGUCAUUCGACAAUUUAAUUCGACAUGGUUGUUUGUGAAUUAAGAAUGUGGGAUGAGCCAACACAAAUGCACAUGCACACCCUCACACAAGUGGGAUU